ACAGGGCUUCUUCAUGGACGUCCGGACUGGUCACCCGAUGGCCAUUCAAUCGACUCUCUCACUCCUGGACGUCCUAGAUUGUAGAUUUGUCCGCCGGCGACCUCUCUCAGCUCUCGCGAAAUAGUGCAUGCAUACGAAUAAGCACACAAAACACUGCUCUCUGCAGGCACCAUUCUCCAAACUCUCCAACAUUUGAUCGAUCGUGAAUUUUGCAAUGGUCAUGAAUUCUGAUCUGCAAGACACACAUAAAGUCAUCUCUUUUGUUGAGAGCCGUCUGUUCUAGAAAUGGAGGAACACGAGGCCUCCCCAGGCUCAGAUGAUGCUGCUGCUCCCGUGGCUGCUGCUGCCGCCGUUCCUGCAGCCACACCACGACGGCGAGUGCUGGCUCUGGAAGAUCGUGUGCGAGUGCUGGAAAUGAAACAAAGAGGGGAAUCGAGCCGAGCGAUUGCCACGCAGAUGGAUGUGGGCAAGACGCAGAUCAGCAACAUUCUCCAGUCGAAAGAGCGCGUCCUGGAGCUGUGGAAAGGCGGCACGGACGCCUCGCGCAAGUACGCCAAGGGCCGCAGCUCCAAGUACGAGCAGCUCAAUGACCAGGUGAGGGACUGGUACCUGGAAGCCAAGGAACGCGACCCCGUCGUCACCGGCCCCAUGAUCCAGGCCAAGGCCAGGGAGGUCGGCCAGGCGCUCGGGUUUCCUGAGUUCAGAGGUUCCAACGGCUGGCUCGACUCCUUCAAGAAGCGCUUCCCCGGGAAAGCACCGGUUGAAAGGGACAUCAUUGGACCGAUCCUGGUGGGCGAGGGCUCCGACUCAUCCGAGGUCGAGGUCAACAUCGUGGUCAACGAGCACAACGACAUCGUCAGCUGUACCGUUCCAAUGACCUGCGCAGCGCCCGCCAUACACGGUCAGGCAUCGAACACAAUGGCAUUGAGUUCAGUCCUGGCACAGAGCGUUGUCGUAGCGCCGAGCGUCGCCAUAGCAACGACUGCCCUGACAGCGGGCGCGUCGACGACGAUGAGCUCCUCGGCGCGUGCGUCGACGCCGAACACGUCGACACCGCCGCGGAGAUCGACGGCGCAGCAGGGCACGUCCAGAACGCGGCCCAGCAGCCAUGCGUCCGCAGUCAGCAACGGUGGCAGUCGUCACACACUCGCCACCACCGCCACCAGCAGUAGCCAUAGCAACAGCAGCAGCGGUGUGUCGCCUUACAACGCUGCUCGAACCGCGGCGCUACUGCAGGCCGAAGCGCAAGUGGCGGCGGUAUCUCGAGUGCUGGGCGUUGACCCGCCGGAUGGAGUUUUCUGCAGCACCGCGUUGCUAUGCGCACAGCAGCUUCGUAUGUAUGCUGCACAGAACCUGCUGCCGCGUCUGGAAGAGCUUGCUGACGAAGCUUAUUCGCUUUUAGAGCACCACCAGAUGCACCCGGCGCCGUUGUCCGACGACUAGUAGGUUAGUUUUUGUUAUUGUUGGCCGUGGUGUGUGUGUGCGUGUGUGUACGUGUGUGUGUUGUGUGUGUGUGUGUGUGUGUGUGUGUGUGUGUGUGUGUGUGUAUGUGCGUGCCUGUUCAUGUCUGUUUGUAGGUUUGCACGCACAUGUUUGUGUAUGUGUGUGUGCGCGCGCGCGUGUGUGUACGUGUAUUGGCAUCAUUAUGGCUGGUCCCAAGUGUCGUGCUGCAUGACCUGGCACCACUGCAACAAUCACCGUAGCACCCAUUCUCAACGUUUAAAUUUAAACUCAGUCUCCAGUGGUACCAUGCACCACCAGGCUUGUUUUCUACUGUUUUCUCACGUGCGUGCAGCUCUAGAUAAUAAUAAGUAUAGGUAUUGAUCUCCUGACUACCCCGUGAUCAUUCUGUACCCGCCACCCGCUCAUUCACGACACUGUACUGCUACCUGUACUAUACCCAUAAGACAGCCUAGGACACAACACACCGCUCCGUGCAUUGGGCAACGGACGACACAACACAUCGCUCCGUGCAUUGAGCAACGGACGACACAACACGCCGCUCCGUGCAUUGAGCAACGGACGACACAACACGCCGCUCCGUGCAUUGGGCAACGGACGACACAACACGCCGCUCCGUGCAUUGGGCAACGGACGUGCAAUUAGAAUAACCAACUUGAUUAUUUUAGGUACCGCGGACUUAGCCCCGCUGUAGUUCACCAGCUUCUAUAUUCCACUGCAUUGUACUUUUUCUUAAAGUCCUUACUUCGUUCAUGCUCUUUCACUGCUGUGUUUGCAUGUAUCGUACUGGUGAAGUAUUUUUGUUUACCGCUUGACAUAUUCAUAAGAAAAAGUUGUGCCUUUUUUCCGGUGGCAUAUUCUUUCCCGCCCCUUGUUUUCUGCUUCGGUGGUCUCUGUCUCGUGUAUCGUGUGUGGUCCGCGACAACAUGCAAAUACGCUGUACGCUGUUGA